GGGAUGGAAAGCCGCGUCUUCGGGAAUUUUAUCAAAAUCCAAGUCAAGACAGUGUUUGUAAUGUUCAGAUACGUGUCUGCACUCACCCUCAACUCCAGACACUGCCGAAGGCUGUUUCGAACUAGUUGCUCCUGCACUACGUGAUGUCCGAUAACGGAGAAGUGGAGGACAAGCCGCCUGCACCACCCAUGAGGAACACUAGCACCAUGAUGGGCUCUGGUAUCAAAGAGCCGAGCACAAUGAACCACACCUCCAAACCACUGCCCCCCAAUCCGGAGGACAAGAAGCGCAAGGACCGCUCCAUUCGCUCCAUCCUGACUGGAGGAGGAGAUAAGACCAAUAAGAAGAAGGAACGUCCAGAGAUUUCUCUGCCAUCAGACUUUGAGCACACCAUCCACGUGGGUUUUGAUGCCGUCACCGGAGAGUUCACUGGUAUGCCAGAGCAAUGGGCUCGCUUGCUCCAGACAUCAAACAUCACUAAGCUGGAGCAGAAGAAGAACCCUCAGGCUGUCCUGGAUGUACUCAAGUUCUAUGACUCCAAAGAGACUGCCAACAGCCAGAAGUACAUGAGCUUCACAGAUAAAAGCUCGGACAGUUACAGCUCCUCCAAUGUUCCGAACUCCAAAGCGGUGUCGGAAACCCCCGCCGUAGCAACUGUAUCUGAGGACGAAGAUGAGGAUGAGGCCACUCCGCCACCCGUGAUUGCACCUCGACCCGAACACACCAAAUCCAUUUAUACUCGCUCAGUAAUCGAGCCCCUGCCUCCUGCCCCUGCCAAAGAUACGCCCCCAUCUCCUGUCUCUCCUCCACCUGCUGAGGGAGGUGGCGCCACUCCAGUGGCCUCCUCUACCAUGCCACGGCCUGCCGACAAGAACCGCAAGAAAAAAAUGUCAGACGAGGAAAUUCUGGAGAAACUGCGGAGUAUAGUUAGUGUGGGGGAUCCAAAGAAGAAAUACACACGCUUUGAGAAGAUUGGCCAGGGGGCGUCUGGAACAGUCUACACCGCAAUUGACAUCGCCACAGGACAAGAGGUGGCCAUUAAGCAGAUGAAUUUGCAGCAACAGCCUAAGAAGGAGCUCAUCAUCAAUGAGAUCUUGGUCAUGAGGGAAAACAAAAAUCCCAACAUUGUUAAUUACUUGGACAGUUACCUGGUUGGCGACGAGUUGUGGGUGGUGAUGGAGUAUCUGGCUGGAGGCUCUCUGACUGAUGUGGUGACGGAGACGUGCAUGGACGAAGCGCAGAUUGCCGCUGUGUGCCGAGAGUGUCUUCAAGCUUUGGAGUUCCUGCACUCUAACCAGGUGAUCCACAGGGACAUCAAGAGCGACAACAUCCUUUUGGGAAUGGAUGGCUCUGUCAAACUCACUGAUUUUGGCUUCUGCGCCCAGAUCACCCCCGAGCAGAGUAAGCGCAGCACCAUGGUCGGCACUCCAUACUGGAUGGCCCCAGAGGUUGUAACUCGCAAGGCUUAUGGACCUAAAGUAGACAUCUGGUCCCUGGGCAUCAUGGCUAUAGAAAUGAUUGAGGGAGAGCCUCCAUACCUCAAUGAGAAUCCUCUGAGGGCGCUGUAUCUUAUUGCCACUAAUGGAACUCCAGAGCUGCAGAACCCCGAGAAGCUGUCAUCUGUUUUCCGAGAUUUCCUCAACCGCUGUUUAGAGAUGGAUGUGGAGAAAAGAGGUUCUGCCAAAGAGCUUCUCCAGCAUCAGUUCCUGAAAGUGGCCAAGCCUCUCUCAAGCCUGACGCCGCUGAUCCUGGCAGCCAAAGAGGCGACCAAGAACAACCGCUAGCUCACCACAGACGAGUGCAGUGCCAUCUGUCUUCUCUCUCCUUCUACCCUCAACCCCAUGGCACCCCCAUUAUCUCUACCUGCCUUUUUACUGGGCAGGGAUCUAUAGUAUUUCUGAUGUCAGAGACAUGGGGUGUGUAUGCGCGCAUGCACAUGUGUGUCCAGACACACAGCUCACCAGAACGAUGGCAUCACUUGUAUAUGAAGAAUCCACUGGAUGCUACAGUGGAGCAACACUGUAUAUUUAACUAACAGGAUCAGAUUGGCCAGACUCCGUCUCAUCAGUUCGCUGUGUUUUUGUUUUGUUUUUUUCUUUUCAUCCGAAUUUUAUUUUGCUGGUGUCUGUAUGUUUGUUGUACUUUUAUGAAUGGGAUGAAGUGAUUAAAAUGGGUCUUUUUAAUCUAUUUUUUUUAAGAUGUUUUGUAUAUCCAUGAGUCUGUGAACAACAGAAUUAGAUUUGUGGACGUUCCUCAAUGAAAGAGAAUGAUGCUGGUAUGGACGCGGAGGGGUGGCUGCUGCUGCACGUGUGGAAAUAAACAAUGAAAAUGCAAACUCGACAUAAGCUGUGCAUGAAGAACGCAUCCUUAUCCUUCUAUAGUCAUGCUAUUCUGUCCCCUUGCCCUUUAAAAUCAGGAUGUACAUUUCUUAUUGACAAAAUUAAACUGUAGCAACAUGUGUUGUCAUGAACACUGAGUUAGUGAUUUUUUUAAAAUGAUGUUUUAAGUCCUUUUUUUUAAAUGUGGCGCUGAUGUACCCUUUGGCCUUAAACUGUGAUGCAGAAAGACAACGAUUUAUGAAGACGGUACAGCCUACUGUCCCUGAACCUUUUGUUUUAUGCUGAUGGCUGGAAGAGCAACUUCUUUCUCUUGUGUUUUUGAGCCAUAAACUCUGUU